CGAUGGUAUCCUUGGGUAAACUUUCUACAUCAUGGCUCAAUAUGGAUUUUUAUCGUUGCAUAUUUGGCUGAAAAGACGCGAUAUUAUUCUCCAUGGUUAAAAUUGCUUGGAAUUGAAGUUCGGCGAAUGAGUUUUCAGGAUGAACAAGAGUAUUUCAAACGGCAAAGCAGACGCCAAACACCAGAGCCUCCAUCAACGUGGCUAGAAGCUUGUCGUAGAUCAUUGAUCGUUGGACUUGCGGGAAUAUUAAACCUCUUAAAAGUUGUCCUACCGAUGUCUAUAUUCUUUUACAAGUUUCUAGAAUGGUGGUAUUCGAGUGACUAUGCCAAGAGAAUUGCUGGCGAUUCGACGGUGAACGUUCCACCGCCAGAAAAGAUUGAGCCUGAUCCAGAGGGUCUUAGUAUACCGGAUACGCCAAAUACAUGCCCGCUUUGUACAGACGAGCUAAAAAAUCCAACGGCGCUUCCGUCAGGAUAUGUCUUUUGCUACUCUUGCAUAUAUCCAUAUGUAGAGGAACAUGGCAAAUGUCCG